CAGCCUUGGCCCUUCCCUCCUCAGCCUGGCUUCGAACCACAGGUUCCUCAUCCAGUCGUAGGCGGACAGCCACCAUGGCCCCCGUGGAGCAGCGAGACGGUACCAUCGAGGUCCAGGAGCAAAGGCUGUUUUACCGCGAGGCCCGGCCGGGCGGUGGGCAGGCUCUGCUCUUGUCUGUGUUGCUGUUGCACGGUAUUCGUUUCUCCUCCGAGACUUGGCAGAACCUGGGCACCCUCCACAAGCUGGCCGAGGCUGGCUACCGGGCUGUGGCGAUUGACCUGCCGGGUCUGGGGCGCUCUAAGGAAGCAGCGGCUCCGGCCCCGAUUGGGGAGCUGGCGCCUGGCAGCUUUCUGACGGCUGUGGUGAACGCCUUGGAUCUGGGCCUGCCCGUGGUUAUCAGCCCGUCCUUAAGCGGCAUGUACUCCCUGCCUUUCCUCACCAUGCCUGGCUCCCAGCUCCGGGGCUACGUGCCGGUGGCCCCCAUCUGCACGGACAAGAUCAACGCGGCCGACUACGCCGGCGUGAAGACUCCGACUCUGAUUGUAUACGGUGAUCAGGAUCCCAUGGGGCCCACCAGCUUUGAACACCUGAAGCAGCUGCCCAACCACAGGGUGUUGGUUAUGGAGGGAGCAGGGCACCCCUGUUACCUGGACAAACCUGAGGACUGGCACCGAGGGCUGCUGGAUUUCCUGCAGGGCCUCGCUUGAGCCCCAGCUCUGUGGAUGGGGGUUGUCAGCCUGCCUUGGGAUCGAUCCCUCUCUCUCUCUCCUCUCUCUCUCUCUCUCUCUCUCUCUCUGCCCAGUCAUGUCAAUGCAGCAGGUGCAUCCAUCUCUGGCUCUCUGGGUUCUUAAUCUUUGGUGUUUACCUCUUCUGCUUCUUUCUCUUGCAGAGACUAAAAAGGAG